UGAUAGCGACACAAUAGACAAUAGACGUCGAGUGGGCGAUGAUUCCAGCCAAGUGAGCGAAAAACUCGAUUUGUGUGUUGGGUUGAACCGGACAAGUGUCAGAAUGUUUAUUUUACAAUUACUGAUAUACCAAUUAAUGGCACUAGGCACUUGGGCCGAACUGCUAUCAGACGUGACAAUCGAAAAAAUGUUUUUCCAGUUUCAGGGCGCUGUCAAUUACUUUUUAGGGAUCGCUGAUGUUCCCAACAUUGGUCACGACGUUACGUUCAAUCUCUACACGAGAAAGAACCCGCAAGUUGCCCAGAUCUUGCCCCCCAGCUACCCCUCUCUUAUCCCCUUGUCCAACUUCAACCCCAACUUGAACACCUAUUUUGUCAUUCAUGGGUACACAGACCACAAACAUCGGGAGAUUAUUGCUCGAUUGAGACUUGUGUUGAACAACGCCGAAGACUCGAACGUAAUUGUGGUUGAUUGGAGCCGUUUGGCGGCGUUUAUCUACUUCGACGCUGUGAACCACACCGUUCCUGUGGGAACAUACGUUGGCGAGUUCCUGUCCCUCCUGGAAUCGAAUUUUAUCGAUCUGAAGACCGUGCAUUUAAUCGGCCACAGCCUGGGGGCGCACAUUUCGGGCAUAGCUGGCGCUUUUGUGGGAGGCCGCGUGCGGAGAAUCACGGGACUGGACCCCGCAGGCCCCCUGUUCGAGCUGAUUGAGGAGCGCAACGAGUCUCUUUCGCUUGACAAAACGGACGCGCUUUUCGUGGACGUUAUCCACACCGAUGCCGACGAGUUCGGUGUAACUAAACCGAUCGGAGACGCUGAUUUUUACCCAAAUGAGGGGACUUCGCCCCAGCCGGGGUGCACGAACCCCCUGACUGUUGUGUCUUGUAGCCAUAUAAGAUCGGUGGAGUUUUACACCGAGUCGGUUGUUAACGACUAUCCUUUUGAGGCAAGGCACUGUAAUGUUACUCGAGGCGACUACACGUGCUUGGAGGAAGAACCGGUCCACAUGGGUCAUUACCUAUCACUUGAGGCCCGAGGGGUGUACUUCCUGGAGACCAACGCCGAGCCCCCCUUUGCUAAACGUUAUGGCUAAGAUUGUAGAGCUUAAAUAAAUGCGUGCGCGUUGAUUUGCAUUUGAUUUUCUU